CUUCAGUGUAGAUUUUGCAUCGAACAAAGAGGUUUCUUGAGAGUCAUGACUUCUCACAUCAAGCAUGUCUUCAAGCGCUACGGGCGGACUGCGUUCAUCUUCCACUCGGCCGUCUUUGUGACGACAUUAGCGGGAUCGUACGUGGCUAUCCAGCAGGGUGUGGAUCUACAAGCAUUAGCGAAGCGUGUGCCCAUCGUUGAUCUGACCAAGAUUGAUCCAGACGCGGGCACAUUUGCGCUGGCUUAUGUGUCGACUGUAGCCACGGGUCCAGCUAGAUGCGUUCUCACAGUCGCUGCAUCGCCCGUUCUCGCCCGUUUCCUCGUCCGGAGCCGCCAUCUCACAAACACAAACAAGAAUACCGCAACGCAACACCGCUUUCCUAAACAAUAA